AGAAGAUGUCUCUGGAAAGUUUCCCGUCUCCACCACCACCACCUCCACCUCCACCUGCUCCUUGUCCACCUGCACCAGCCUCAGCACCACAGAGAAAACUGUAUCAGAUUAUAGCCAGCAACAGGAGUCCUGUAGAAGGGGAUCACACUGAGGCCUGCUUACUGCUCAGGCAGAGGGAGAGCAGUUUCAGGAAGGAUCUGCAGUGGAUAUUGAUGAACAAAUAUGUGCCUUCUCUCAUCCAAAACGGUCCCCAGUGUGGUCUGGUGGCUUUGUGGAUGGCUGCUCACCUUCGAGAGUCACAGCUGAGUAUCGACAUGGAAACUUUGGUUCAGAUGGCAAAAAGGAAGGGAUACACUGCUCAGGGUGAAAUGUUUUCAGCAUCCAACAUGUCCCUGCUGGCAGAAGAGGUUUGUGGUUGCAGGAGUGAACUGCUGUCAGGAGGUUUGAGCGGUAAUGAUGCAACCAUCAUCACACACCUGUGGGGAGGACAGCCUGUUCUCGUUCCGUAUGAUGAGGACUGCAACCAUGAACCAUGCCAGCGCAACGGUCACAGGGCACACUGGGCCGUCAUUUCAGGUGUUCUCCUGGGUUUAGACCAGGGGAGCGUGAGCAAAGAGUAUACGGAACCUGAUCCCACCCUGCCAUGGCUCCACCUGGCCACCGAUGGCUGCGCUCCCUGUCCCGUCGGCAGCGAGGCCGUCAGAGAGGUUUACAUCCUGGCUAAGCAGGGUAAAAGCCUGCGCUACCAGCUGUGGAGUCUGGGCAGCGUCGCUCAGAGCAAUGAGCAGCUGAGGACUAUGGACCCUCAGAGAGCCAACGAUGGGACAGAGUAUGUCGUUCCUGAGGGAGGAGUGGAAGCUGGACUGGCUGGACAGGCAGUGUUGCUCCAUACAAGGACAUACAGGGAGUGAAAGGUGUCGCGCUUCUUGGAUGGGCAGCUAUAUUCAGCAAAUGUUCAUCUGUGAAGAGACACUGAACGAGUACAAUGCGAAAAAACACUUAAAUGUGGUGACCUUAUUUUAAGAAAUUACUGGGAUUCAAAUGAUUCUUAAGAAUAAAUCAUAUGACAAUAUGAAAACUUUGGUGUUGGAUUUUCCAAAUGCAAAUCUGAAGAGAAGAAGCCUUGAAAAUAAAAAAUAAAAUAAAAAACUGAAAACUUAAACUCAAAUUUAUUGCAAUCCAUGACCUUGACAAAACAGGGAUUUAUUAACAGUUUCCACCAUUCUGUUUUGCAACUGUAAAACA